GGGGUUGUUGACCUGAAGUUAAUACUAUACUCUACCAGGUCACCAUUUAUUACGAUUCACCCGAAAAGUGCUUGACGGUGUCGAUACUGUAUUAAAUCGAGUCGAAGUUAGAAUAUGGUAUUGGAGAAGUAGGUAUUUGCAGCAUUAUAACUCCGGAAUGAAACCCGUUCCGACCGCGGAAUCCUUCAUGAGUCACGAUGGGAUGGGAUUCGUGAUGCCGGGGGGUAGCGCCGAUAAAUAUCAAAGGGCCGGCGAUCGCCUCGAUAUGAGCCGGCGAGUCCUGCACCGGUUCUAUUAGUACUACCUACCUACCUACUUAAACUCUUUCCCCCGCUUACACUCCAACUCGCUUUCUUAGCUCCUCUAUCAAUACAGUAUCCAAAACAGGUACAGAACAAGUAGAGAGUUAGAAAGGGAAAACCCGGCAAGAUGUCUGUAGAGUCGUCUGUGGCCGUGGCCGUAACCGUGUACACGCAGCCUCCGGAAGACCUAAUCAGCCUCUUACAAACGCACCACCGCCCACAUGCACUACCGCUCCUCCGACGCCUGCGUUUCACGCGCUUCCCGGGGGGCAUCACGGAGCACGCACGCAUCCUAGUCGCCUCCUCAGCACCGGGCCUAGAGCUCCGCGCCCACACCCAAGACACCCCCUUCGCAGCCGCAUACCUCGACCUCUCGCGCGGCCCCGAGACCGAGAUCUGGCUAUACGCAUCGCUGGAGCGACGUCCCGGCACCCCCCUCGCGUCCGGCGCCGAGGAGUUAGCGACAGCAGCAGAGUGCGCGUACCAGAUCCUGCGCCAGGUCAAGACCCUCCGCGAGGCCUUCUACGCCCCGGGCACGGAACACGCCGCGGUGCAGAGGCGGGAGGGGCUGGAUCUGCGGCCGGGUAGGGUCCUCGCGGGGACGCUGAGCGAGGCUACGAGGCUGGCGCUGCUGAAUCGCGGGGUCGUGUUUGGUUACGUGUCCGUGUUCGACAAGUGGAUGUUUAGCCUGGGCGGGCUGCCCGAGGUGCCGAGUCCGCUUGCGGAGGGGAUGGAGUGGAGGCCGGUUAGGAGGGAGGAUAUCCCGCUUAUGUUGUCGCGGACUAAUAUCGCGCGGAAGGAGAGAACUAUCGUGCUACUGCCCAGUAUGGCCGUCUACCGAAGCGACGGCACGCCUAUCGCAUGGGUCCUGCUAGGGCCCGAUUCUUCGCUGAGUAACCUGCACUGCGAGGAGGAGUGGCGCGGCAAAGGCUUUGCUAAGGCGGCGGCUGUUAAGAUUCUGCGCGAGCGCUUGAGGGAGUACGAUGAUGAUGAGCAUUGCUGGGCGGAUGUCGCCCCGGAUAACCCCAAGAGCCAAAGGGUUUGCAAGAGUUUGGGCGGAAAGGUGGCAUGGUCAGUCUCAUGGAGCGGAAUAGACCUGGACAGAAGCUUCCCGGGUCAGUAGGUGGCUUUUCUCUCUCUUUCUCUCUCUCUCUCUCUAUAUAUAUUUAGA